UUCCCGGGGUGGGGGCGGCCCAGCCCCGUUCUGCCCCGGCUCUUGCCCAAGCCCGGGCAGCAGCGGGGUCGGCCGGUGCUGGUGCCGCCGCCGGGCCAUGGGGCCGGGCCCGGGGCUGGCGGCCGCGCUGCUGGCGCUGCUGGUCCCGGCCGCGGCGCGGGGCCCCGGCGCUGCCGCCUGCGAGGUGUCCCCGGGCGGCCGCUUCGACUGCGGCCCCGAGCGGCUCCUGUCGCGGGCGGGCUGCGAGGCGCGGGGCUGCUGCUACAGCCCCGGGCCCGGGCCCCGCGCCGGGCCCGGCCCGCCCUGGUGCUUCUUCCCGCGCGGCUACCGCAGCUACCGCGCCGAGAACCUGACGGCCACCGAGAGCGGCUUCUCCGCCCGGCUGCACCGCGUGGCCGCCGCCUUCCUGCCCGGAGCGGUGGACGAGCUGCGGCUGGAGCUGGCGCUGGAGACCCCGGCCCGCCUGCGCUUCACGCUCCGGGACGCGGCCCGGCCGCGCUAUGAGGUGCCGCUGGCCACGCCGCGGGUGCGCGGCCGAGCCCCCUCCACGCUCUACGGGCUGCAGCUCAGCCAGGACCCCUUCGGCCUCGUCGUGUGCCGGCAGCGCGGCGGGAGAGUCCUGCUGAACACCACGGUCGCACCCCUCUUCUUCACAGACCAGUUCCUGCAGAUCUCCACCUCCCUGCCCUCCCAUUUCAUCUCGGGGCUGGGGGAGCACCUGACACCACUGUUCCUUGACACAGCAUGGACCAGGGUCACCCUCUGGAAUCGGGACAUGGCACCUGCGCCCCACAUCAACCUCUACGGCUCCCACCCUUUCUACCUGGUGAUGGAGGACGAUGGUUCAGCCCACGGUGUCUUUCUGCUGAACAGCAACGCGAUGGACGUGCUCCUGCAGCCCAGCCCAGCCCUGACCUGGCGCACGACCGGAGGCAUCCUGGACUUCUACAUCUUCCUGGGCCCCGACCCCAAGAGCGUGGUGCGGCAGUACCUGGAUGUGGUUGGGUUCCCCUUCAUGCCCCCAUACUGGGGCCUGGACUUCCACCUGUGCUGCUGGGGCUACUCCUCCACCGACAUCACCCGGCAGGUGGUGGCCAACAUGACAGCAGCCCGCUUCCCCCUGGAUGUGCAGUGGAACGACCUGGAUUAUGCAGAUGCCAAGAGGGAUUUCACCUUCAACAAGAAAGGCUUCAAGGACUACCCAGAGAUGGUGCGGGAGUUCCAUGACCGCGGGCUGAGGUACAUCAUGAUCGUGGAUGCUGGGAUCAGCAGCUCGGGGCCCCCUGGCAUGUACAAGCCCUACGAUGAGGGCCUGAAGCGAGGGGUGUUCAUCCGAAAUGCCACGGGGCAGCCCCUGAUCGGGAAGGUCUGGCCAGGCCCCACGGCCUUCCCAGACUUCACCAACCCAGAGACUCACGAGUGGUGGCACGACAUGGUGAAGGACUUCCACGAACAAGUGCCCUUCGAUGGCAUGUGGCUUGACAUGAAUGAGCCGUCCAACUUCGUGGAGGGCUCCCAGGAUGGCUGCCCCAACAACAACCUGGAGCAUCCCCCCUACAUGUCAGGUGUAUUUGGAGGACGCCUGCAGGCCGGGACCAUCUGUGCCUCCAGCCAGCAGUACCUGUCCUCUCACUACAACCUGCACAGCCUGUACGGGCUGACCGAAGCCAUCGCCUCCCACAAUGCUCUGCUGAGGGUCCGGGGCAAGCGUCCCUUCAUCAUCUCACGCUCCACCUUCGCUGGGCACGGGCGCUACGCCGGGCACUGGACAGGGGAUGUUGGCAGCAACUGGGAGCAGCUCUACUACUCCAUACCAGAGGUGCUGCUCUUCAACCUCUUUGGGGUGCCGCUGGUGGGUGCCGACAUCUGCGGCUUCCUGGGCAACACCAGCGAGGAGCUGUGCGUGCGCUGGACCCAACUGGGCGCCUUCUACCCCUUCAUGAGGAACCACAACGACCACGGCACCCGGCCGCAGGAGCCCUUUGCCUUCAGCCCGCCCGCCCAGGCUGCCAUGAGGAACGCCCUGCGCCUCCGCUACUCCCUGCUGCCCUUCCUGUACACGCUGUUCCACCGGGCUCACAGCGCCGGCCAGACUGUGGCACGGCCCCUGUUCCUCGAGAUUCCACCAUCCACAGCAAAGGGCAGUGGAUCCUCCUGCCAGCGCCCCUGGACACCAUCAACGUCCACGUCCGUGCAGGGCACAUCCUGCCCCUGCAGGAGCCCGCCUUCAGCACUGCCCAGUCCCGUGGGAAGGGCAUGGCCUUGGUGGUGGCACUGGGCCUGGACGGCUUCGCCAGGGGAGAACUGUUCUGGGAUGAUGGGGAGAGCUGGGAGACCUUUGAGAGGGGCGACUACACCGAGAUCCUCUUCCUGGCCUCCAACGACGCUGUGCUCAGCCAGCUGCUGAGGGCGAGUGCCCACCUGGACGGGGUCCUGCUGGAGGCCGUGACUGUGCUGGGGGUCACCAGCCCUCCCCGGAGAGUUCUGGCCAACGGUGCCAUCGUGAGUGACUUCUCGUACCGCAGUGACACCCAGGUGCUGAGAGUCCCUGUGUCGCUGCCCAUGUGGGAGCAGUUUGUGAUCUCCUGGUCCUGACCAGCGUGGGUCACAGGGAGACUGCGCUGCUCCCCUGGAAUCCAAGGCCAAAUCCAUCCCAUCCCCUGUACCCUGAGCUGCCCCUGCUCUUCCCACACUCCUGGGCCUUGUUCUCCCUCUGGCUGCUGGGCAUUGAUGGAGGGGUGUGCACUGGACUGGCAGAGGGAGGGAGCCCUUGCACAGCCCCCAGGGACAGGGAAAACUUCACCAUCAUCAAAUCAGGGGAAAAAAGAUCCAAGUGCCUUGUGAGACAGCAAACCAGUUACUCUGGGGGCCUGGUAACUAGGGCAGAGACUGCAGGGAAUUUCUUGGCUGUGGUUUUGGGGAGGGGGAUAUGCAGGGACUGAGGGAGCAGUACUGUGAAUAAAGCUGCUGUUUGCUGGGAGCAGCCCCA